AGCUGGCGAUUUGCCGAGAUGGGGGCAUCAGGGAAAUGGCUAAAAUCCCUUAUCGGUGUCAAGAAGUCCGACAAAGACGACCACCCUGUAAAGCUGGGGAAUAGCAGCAGGUCUAGAAAAUGGAGGCUGUGGAGGAGCUCAUCAGGGGGGAGCGCCAAAUCCAGCACUGAGACCUCAGAUUUGUCGCCUGCAGCUGCUGCAGAGGCCUUCAACGCGGCGGUGGCAACUGUGGUCAGAGCUCCUCCCAAAGAUUUCAGGGCAGUCAGGGAAGAGUGGGCUGCCAUUCGCAUCCAAACCGCAUUUCGGGGCUUCCUGGCAAGGAGGGCUCUGAGGGCUUUGAGAGGAUUGGUGAGGCUUCAGGCUCUGGUGAGGGGUCGCCUUGUGAGGAAGCAAGCAGCUAUAACACUGAGGUGCAUGCAGGCAUUAGUGAGGGUCCAGGCCCGCAUUCGAGCUCGCCGCGUGAGGAUGUCAAAUGAGGGACAAGCCAUCCAGAAAAUGCUAGAAGUUCGUCGCAACAAAGACAAUCCCUUCAGAGAAGUUGAGGAUGGCUGGUGUGAUAGUCAAGGAACACUUGAAGAAAUUCGAGCAAAGUUACAAAUGAGGCAAGAAGGUGCUAUUAAGAGGGAGAGAGCCAUUGCUUAUUCACUCUAUCAGCAGCAAUGGAGAUCAAACUCAAAUACAAAAUUAAAUAUAGCAAUGAAUUCUUUAAAGCAUGAACCAGACAAGAACAGCUGGGGAUGGAGCUGGCUAGAACGAUGGAUGGCAGCUAGACCUUGGGAGAACAGAUUGAUGGAGCAACCAAACACCGAGCAUUCUGAUACAUUCUCUUUCAAGCACUCUGAUGAUCAAUGGAAACAUGGGGAACCCAAUUCAGUUAAAGUUAGAAAGAACAAUAUCAGCACUCGGAUCUCUGCAAAACCCCCACCUGGGUACACUCAUCGAAUUGCUAGAUCAUCAUCAACCCCAAGUUCUGAGCUACCCUUUGAUGAAGGCUCGCCAUCUUCAGUAAGCACAUCUACCCCUGUAUCAGGAAGCACUCCCUUGACAUCAGAGAGGACUGAAGAGAGUGCUUCAAGUAGACCCAACUACAUGAAUUUGACAGAAUCAACAAAGGCAAAACAGAGACCUUGUAAUUCUCAUAGGAUUCUAAGGCAUUCUAUGGACGAUUUCCAACUACCUAAGAAGGCGGCUUCUCUUUCUAAUGGAGAGUCAAGGAGCACUGGUGGCUCUGAUCCUUCUGUUACAUCUGGUAAGUUAAGCCACUCAAUGGCACGGGUGGAUAGGCACCUGGUCAGAAUCAGGGAAAAUGGCAGUUACUGUGGAGAUCUCGAAAGGCCACCUCUUUUGCCUUAGUGUUUCAAUCCACAUGCUUACAGCUCAAAUUGGAUAUGGAUGGAAUUCUAUGAAUUGGAUCAUGGGCAACAUCUUGUUGUUCCUUUAUAUUGAUCUCCACCCACCCCUCCCUCCCGAACCCCCCCUCCCACCCCCCAGUCCCAAUUCUUCAAAGCAAAUGAUGCUUGAUUGACAGGGGGUUUCAGAGUGAUGAUCAAUGUAUUUGUUUUCAGAGCGAAAUCUUGAUCUUGUGAAAUAAUGAGAGAGAGCUUUUCUCAGGCUUCCAAUGGUUAGACCAGGUUGAAUUGUUCCAAGUUUCAGAAGUAACUUUGGUCCGAUUUUACUUCUGUUUGUGUAUUUGUUCUCUAUGAGCAAUGGCAGUGAAUGAUUUGAGUUGUGUGGAUAAUGGUUUUGUUGUCUUUGGAGAAUGAAGUUUAGUUGCCCAAGAA